AUGUUUCCACCAAUCAAUGCUCAUCCGAGGCCUCCGUCAGAAGAUUUACAUGGUGUUAGCAGCGGUGGGGUAGCAGAUAUUAACUCGGCUUCAAAACAGCAACAAAUUCGACGACAGCAGCUGACAAUGGAUCAGCAGCGACGAAGUCCACUACGAAUCAUUUAUCGGUCAAGCGAUUAUUCUUGGAAUGAUCCUUCAAAUAAUGCAAAUAUUUCUAAUCAACCAUUACGUGCUGCUAGUCCAAUAAAAACAAAAUUAUCAACAUCGGCUCGUCAAUUAGCUAAUGGAAUUUUACAUGAAGCAACAAAUAAUUCAAAUGUUCAUCUGCCAAUAUCAUCAUCAUUAACAGGUCAUCAACAAAAUAUAAGAGAUGAUAUAAAUAAUAGUGAUUUACAUUUAUCAUCUGCAGCAAAAUCUCUUCGUACAACACGACUUCAACGUACAAAUAGUCAUUUAGAUAAAGCUCCAGGACUAAAUAGUUACGGUUUACCUAUGCGAAGUGAAAGUUAUCGUUCAUCUCGUCUUGAUUAUGGUAUGCGUUCACGUCAUGCAUCAUCAAAACAACGAGCUUAUGUUAAUUCUAAAGCAUCAUCUCAUGAUGCAAAUGGUGGUGAUACUCAUAUAAAUGGUACACAAGAUGAAAAUACAUAUUAUCAACAACAACAACAACAACAACAAAUGAAUAUGAUGAGUAGUACACAGCGUUUAAAUGGUUCAACAUUUGAUUUAACUACUAGUCGUAAACUAUUUUCACCAAAUAAAUCUAAUACAUUUAAUUAUCCAGCGAAUGGAACAGGUCAUCAGAAUUAUUAUAAUUCAACACAAGAACUUCAUCGUAGUGAUACAAAUAUUGAUCGAAAUAAUUUAACACGAUUUGCUGCACGUGGUACAAUAUCAAAAGAACAAUUAAUAACAACACAAAAAUAUCGACAAACAUCAAGUAUACUAACAACAACAACACCAGCAGCAGGUACAACAACAUCAAAUACUCCAGCUAUAAUACAAUCAGGUGAAAGACAUCCAUCGGCUCAAUCAUAUAAAUCUCGUGAUCCAAAUAUAUCUUACGCAUAUACAGAUGUAAAAAAAUAUAUUGAAGAAAAUGAUUUAAUGUCACCAGAAAAAGAACAAAUAAUACGAAACUGGAUAGGUGAUGUUGAAAAACAUCGACAUCAAUUACAAAAAAUAGACUAA